AACGGGACAGGGUGCGACAUUGACGCGGCGCUGAAAUGCGCCAAAACAUGCAAAAGAUGCUGCGAGUUAGAGGAAUUCAAUUGCCCCAAUAAGCAAGGUAAACUGGACUGUGCCAUAAUUGGAAAAGGCGGUCUCUGUAAAACAACCGAUCCAAAUCUUAAGCGAGAAAUCCGUAAACAGUGUCCGCGUACAUGCGGCUUCUGCAUCGCAACUUGUCGCGAUCAGAAUGCAGAAAUGUGCAGCAUUCUAAAAGACAAGUGCAGUGAGCCAAUGGUCAAGGAAAUCUGCAAGAGAACAUGCAGAGUUUGCAUACCAGGAUCAGCAAUAGCAUGGAAGGCUUGCGAAUGGUGGGGGUUGCCCACUUGUGUUGAGAGUGUAUACAAACUUGAUGAUCGCUUUCACAGUGCAUUGCCAACGUUCUACAUCUGUUGGAGUGCUAAAGAAAGCAUAAAUGCUGUUCGUUAUGACUGCGUUGACUUAGUGCCGACAUGUUUGGCAAUGAAAGACCAAUGCAAUGAACAGAAUAUGAAAGACGUCAUGCAUGCGGCCUGCAACGAAACGUGCGGCUUGUGCCAGCAAUCCGAGCCAUGCGAGGAUCUCUCAGCGAAGUAUGUGCUAAUUAUUUUUAAUUGGUGCAGAAAUACUGAUGAUAAGAGCAACAAGAAAAUAUCGGAUUCUGCGAAUUAG